CAUCUUGAAAAUCUUCUUUCCGGUCAGCUCCGUCACAGAGAUGCCGUCUGUAACGCUCAAGGACGUCGACCAACAUAAAUUCGUGAAGGCCUUCGCCGCCUUCCUGAAGAAGACAGGCAAGAUGCGUGUCCCCGAGUGGGUCGACAUCGUAAAAUCAGCCAGAUUCAAGGAGUUGGCACCCUACGAUCCUGACUGGUACUACAUCCGUUGUGCUGCACUUGUUCGUCACAUUUACAUUCGCAGCCCAAUCGGCGUUGGUGCUGUUACCAAGAUUUUUGGUGGCCGCAAACGCAAUGGAACUCACCCCAGCCACUUCUGCAGAUCAGCUGGUGGUGUUGCCAGAAAAGCACUCCAGAGUCUGGAGCAGCUGAAGCUCAUCGAGAAGGCACCACUCGGUGGAAGAAAACUCACCAGCCAAGGAAGAAGAGAUUUAGAUCGUAUUGCAGCACAGGUCAAGGCCAAAAGCAAGAAACAACUGAAGCUGCAAGAGACUCUUGUUCUUUAAACAUUUUUUCGAUAAUAAAAAAACGAUUUAAUUGUA